AUGAUCAAAGGCGGAGGCGUGUCCUGGUGUGUAGCUAUGCAGAGUUGUCCUGUGAUGGCUGAUGGCGUGUCCGCAGAUACAGGGCUGACUGCGGUAGGCGAAGUGUUUCAAGUGCCGGACUGGACAACGCUGACCAAGCUACCGUACCACCCCGCACACGCCCGUGUCAUGGGCGACCUUUACACACGUCAAGGUCAGCCGUGGGAGCUUUGCCAGCGAGGAUUCUUGAAGCGAAUGAUAGCCGAUGCUGCUGCCCUGGGCUUCGAAAUCAAGGCCGCAUUCGAGCCUGAGUUUUACAUUUUACGGCGGAACAGUACCACCGGAGAGCUGAUGUCAGUUGAUGAUGAUGUGUACGCUGCUGUGAUGGCCAUGGACAAGAUGGCGCCUGUGUUGGACGAGAUUGCAGACGCCCUAAGCGAGCAGGGACUGAUAGUAGAGAUGUGCCACCCGGAAGCAGGUCCGGGACAGCACGAACUGACUGUCAAGUACACCGAUGCGUUAGGUGCGGCAGACCAACAUAUCAUCUACAGAGAGACUGUGAAAGCCGUUGCGUACAAGCACGGCCUGGUAGCCACCUUUGUGCCCAAGCUACACUCUGACAAGUGCGGGUCAGGAAAUCAUCUGCACAUCAGUGUGUGGAAGGGCGGUGUCAAUGUCAUGUCAGACAACUCUCAUCUUGUGGAUUCCCGCACGGGCAGCAAUGACAGUGGCCUGAGUGAGACCGGCCAACACUUUGCAGCAGGAGUGCUGCACUCACUCGCAGGACUCAUGCCGCUCAUUUGCCCGUCCACCAACUCAUACAGACGUUUGCUGCCUAUGCAUUGGUCUGGAGCGUACCGCGUGUGGGGCAUUGACAACAAGGAAGCCGCCGUGCGCGUCCCAACCAAUCCACACCCUAAACCCUAUCCCACAAAUAUCGAAGUGAAACCCUGUGACAACUCCGCUAACCCGUAUCUGGCCUUGGGAGGCGUGAUAGUCGCUGGUCUCGACGGUAUCAGACAACGACGGCCUUUGCCACAGCGCAUGGAUGUGGAUCCGGCUACACUGUCAGAGUUGGAAAGAGAAGUCGCUGACAUACAGCGACUACCCGAGACGUUAGUAGCCGCCGUUAAGGCUCUGCAGAAAAACGAAGUACUGAAGCAAGCGUUGGGAGAGCCACUACUAAAAGCUAUCGUGGGGGUGCGUCUGGCUGAGUGGAAUGCUAUGCACGAUAUGACGCUGAAGGAGGAGACUAAACUGCUGUUGAAUAGAUACUAG